AAUAGAUGAAUGUAAAGUAUAUUUAUUGUAUGUCAACUUGACUUUAUGUACUUCUAGUCCUUUAGCAAGAUCAUCAAGUUCACAACUACCUACUGGUAUUGUAAUUGUAUCAUCACUCUCAUUACUAUAAUAUGGAAUUUCGUUAUUGUCUUCAUCAAUAUUUGGUAUUAAAUUGAAUGACAAAAAAGAAAUGAGAGCUAGCGAAUAUUUUUUUCCAUUAGAUAAUUGAAUUGGUGGAAAAUAUUGUGUCUCAAGAAUUGAUGUUUGUCCAGUUAAUGUUAAAUUAUUAAGUUGAAAUUGAUACUCUGGGUAUAUAUCUUGAUUACCAAGGCACAUCGUACAGAAUUAUUGUCACGUAUAUACCUCCAGAAGUUGUUAAUAGCAACAGCAAGUUAUUUUCAAGGUUUAUUGAAGUACUUCAUGAGUAUUUAAUUAAAUUUAAAAGUAACCUGAUUAUCGCUGGUGACUUCAAUCUCCCUGAAUAUAACUCAAUGAACUCAUCACAUAUUGGUAAAAUUUACUCAAAUAUUUCUUUGCUGUUGUCUGCUUUAAAUCUUCAACAAUGUAAUACCAUACUAAACUCUCAUGAUAUAUUACUUGACCUUGUAUUUGUAUCCUGUCCUAACUGCACUAUAUCACGUGGUUCUGCCUUGGUUCAGCCUGAUACUUAUCAUCCUCCACUUUUGCUACAAAUCUUUCAUAACUCACCGUCACCCAACAUUAUCACUGGUCCCUCAAUCUCUAACGACUUAAAUACUAAAUAUAUUGUUAAAUAUAUUAACAUAGAUAAUUUUAAGAUCAAAUUAAGAUCUACUAAUUGGCAAGCUAUUAUGGGUGACAGCAUGGUAUCGGUUGAUUAUCUUUGUGAUAUUUUUUACAAUAUUCUUUUUGAUAUACUCAAUGUUUGUUACCACCCUAAGUUGCCCAAUCACAAAUCAUUAUCCUAUCCAUGCUGGUACUGAACUGAACUUAUCAGUCUCAUCUUAUCUAAACAUAAAUAUUAUAAAUUACUUAAACGCAAUACAUCAGCCACUAAUUCUUUAAGAUUACAAUCAAUUACUAAGUCAAUUAAACAUUUAACUCACAGAGAUUUUUUGUCUCAAAACAAUAGUAUUGAUUCCAACCUCAAAAUGAACCCUAAAUUAUUCUGGAAAUUUAUAAACUAAAAAAAAGUCAAUUUUCGACAAUAAACUGUCUGCUUAUUAAUAUAAUUCAUGAUUCAUCAACCAUCUCUAACUCAUUUGCUUCGCACUUUGCAGAAGUAUUUCAUAAUAUUAAUAAUAUUAAUAGCAAUAGUAGUAACAGAAAUACUCUUAAUGAUAAUAGCAGCUAUAAUAAUAAUAUGGUAAAUAGUAAUAGUAUCAAAAAUUACACUAAAACCAAUAAUAAUAUGGUAAGUGAUAUUCACUCCAGCUUUGAUCUACUCAUGUCUCCAUACUCGCAUAAUAAUCAUAUUACACACAUUACCCUUGAUGACAUUUCUCGUGCAAUUCUGAAAGUAAAAAAUCAUAACUCAUCUGGUCUUGAUAAUCUGUCUGGUACUGUAAUUAAGAUUUGCCCUGAUGCUCUAAUCCAACCACUAUACUAUAUUUUCAACAAGGCAUUGUUUUCUGGUAUUUAUCCAUCAGUCUGGAAACAGUCUACCCUUGUAUAAAAAAGGUAAUCCUUUACUUGUCUCUAACUAUAGGCAAAUAUCACUUCUUCCUGUAUGCUCUAAACUAUUUAAAAUAAUACUCUAUAAGGUUAUCAUGUCCUACUUUUUACCUUUUUAAUCUCGAUAUCAACAUGGCUUCACACCUAUGAGAAGUACAUGUACGAACCUUGUUGAGUUUACACAAUUUGUCUCCAGUCAUUUAGACAAUAACGUACAGGUAGAUGUGAUAUAUACUGACAUGACUAAGGCGUUCGAUAGGAUUGACUGGCUAACACUUGUCUCUAAAUUACUAUCGAUUAAUCUACCUCACUCUCUCAUCAACCUAAUCUGGUCUUAUCUUGUCGAUCGCCUUUGUUAUGUGUUCAUCAAUGGCACUCUUUCUGCACCCUACUCGCCAACAUCUGGAGUCAUCCAAGGAUCCAAUUUGGGUCCACUACUCUUCAACAUCUAUAUCAAUGACUUAUCAGAACGUCUUUUCUGCUUUUCAUUAUUGUAUGCUGAUGAUAUCAAGUUAUUUUUGCCUAUUCAAUCUGUUCAUGACUGUCAACACUUGCAGGCAAACUUAAAUAAAUUUGUCUAAUGGUGCACAAUCAACAGUCUUGAAGUUAAUAUUGUAAAAUGCAGUACCAUGUCAUAUAGUAAAUCUACUCAUCCACUCAUUUAUAACUACUGUAUUAAAGGAACAAUGCUAUCUCGCUUGCGUAUUACUACUGACCUUGGUAUUGUGUUUGACAAUAAACUUCUAUUUAACUCUCAAGUGGAACAUGUUGUUAAAUUUGCGAUGUCAUCACUGAGUCUUGUUUUUUGUCUUGCAAAAUCAUUUAAAAACCCUACUACCAUCAAGGCUAUCUAUAAAUCAUUUGUCAGAUCGAGGCUGGACUACUGUAUCUCUGUUUAUUACUUACGUACUAAAAAACAACUAGCUCUAUUCUAUAAAGUUCAGAGAAGGUUCAUGAAAUACUUGUUUUAUCGUACGCAGGCUCUGUCCUUUGAUAGAGGUUGUGAUGACGAUGCCUUAAUCCAACUUGCAGACAUGACUAGUAUUUCAGUUCACCGUGACACACUUGUAAUCAUUUUCUUUAUUAAACUACUAACAGGUGUAGUUAACUGUCCUGACCUCUUAUCUGAUGUCAGGAUUAGGAUUCUAUCCACUAAAUUGUAUGUGGUUGGACGCCGUACGCUGCGCAUCGUCUCUCGUAAGCAUUUUUAACAAAUUUCCAUUAUUGAUCUUAAAGUCAAUUUAAUUGUUAAUUAUCAUACUGUCAGUACGGAUCCACCAGCUAUAUAUAUUAUUGUGUAAAAAAGAAGUGUUAUUUUCAAUAAUUUAAUAGUUUUUUAUGUGCUAAAAGUUGAGUCGGUUGUAACAUAACCUCUCAGGCGUCAUUGACUUAACGACAUUUGUCACAUAUAAUUUUAUUAAUACAACAAUUGUUAUACGAUAUUUAAAAUAUAAAGUGAUUAACAACUUGAUUUUAUUGACACAUAAACAUUACAAAGUAAUAGUGUAAUUAUCAAACUGCAAAAGCACUAGAGACAUAAGAUCUAAGACCAAGCGUGGUAUCAGUGUCAUUUUAACCUGGUUACAUAUACAAUAUUAUUUCAAAGUGUGCUACUAUAAAAUAAUUGUUUAAAUCAAGAAACAUCUUGCAUAAUUGUGGAGUUUAUCAUAUCAUAUACAUAUGUAUAUAAGUUUUACCGCAUUACAUUGACAUCAUCUUCUAGACCUGGUGGUUUGGGCGUGGUCACAUAUACAAUAUUAAGUCAAAGUGUGCUACUAUAAAUAAUUGUUUAAAUCAAGAAACAUCUUGUUGGUUCAUAAUUGUGGAGUUUAUCAUAUUAUAUACAUAUGUAUAUAGUAUCACUGCGUUACAUUGACAUCAUCUUCUAGACCUGGUGGUUUGGGCGUGGUCGCCUGUAUACUCUUCUUUAUCUUCAAUAUAUCGCAGUUAAUUCAUAAUCUUACCACUACCAGCACUUUGUUAUUCUGUUCUACAUUACCUACCAAGGUUUUUAAUUUGUCACACCAGACGUCGCUACUCGUGAAUAUCAAUCAGCUGUAUCAUCAGCUGUAUCAUCAUAUACACACAAUGUCAAUAGUGAGAUCUCCAACAAGACCUAGCACAUCUCUUGACUGUCAUGAUGAUGUAUUUAGUUCCAAUAACAUCAUGUUAUUGAACUCACAACAAGCAAGCUCCAAUGGUAUUAUGUCACAAUCAUCUGAGUCAACUAUGACUGAUAAACGUCCUCCUGGUCGGCCACGUAAAAACACAACAUCUACUGGUGAUAUUACACUUGAACAAAUCAAGAGCCUCCUUGAUCAACAAACAGUAUCAAUUGAUGCAUCGAUUGAUGCUAAAUUAAGCAAUAUUAUUGAUACAUUUAAAUCUUUUACAGUUACUGUAAAUAAAAAAUUUGCAACAAUUGAUGCUGAAUUAGGUCAGCUUAACAACAAUGUAAAAAUACUAAAUACAACAAUUGGGAACAACUCAACACAAAUCAAAACAAAUACAUCAACUAUUGCUGAUAAUCAAAUGAGUAUCACUCAAAUGAGUGAUGAUAUAAAUAAUAGUAAAUUAAUUCUGGAACGUAUGCCAAACGUCAUUGUUUUUGGCAUACCUGAAGACCCAGAUAACGAGUUAAAUGUUACCCAACGUGUUGUAAGUGAUAGAGGUAAGGUUGAUCAACUAAUACAACUUGUUUUUGACUCUCAACCGAGUAUUGGUACUGUCAAAGUGACAUCGUCAAGAAUUCACCCUCAUUCUGGUGCCUUAACAAAGCCCAGAAUGACAAAGGUGAAAUUUAAUAAUAUUUUCUAUAAAGAUAUCUUUGUGCAGAGAUUCAUGGAGAUGAAAAAGGCGAAAUCACUGACAGGUUGGAUGGCAGCACUGGUUAUCUCACAGGACUUUACACCCUCUCAACUGGCACAAAGACGUCAGUUGAAAACUCAGCUGGCACAAGAUGGGGUUACAAACCCACGAAUCAGGUUCAUCAAUGGGGUCUUCAAGGUUCAGGCCAACACACACCCAACAACGUGAUAUCUAAUAAUAGCACAAAAUUUAGCAAUAAUAAAUCAUUAUCACUGUCUAAAACAAAUAUUGUAUACUCUCAAUCACCUACAUGUCUUCCUUCAGCUAAUUCAUCUUUAUCUUUCAGUUCUAAUUCUACUGGUACUAUGGCACAUUCUGAUCUAGGUUUUACAAUUCUUUACCAAAAUACUAGAAGCAUCAAAAACAAAUUUGAGGAUACGUAUGUUAAUUCGCUCGUACUUGAUCCUGAUAUUAUUCUCAUUACUGAAUCAUAGCUGGAUCCUAGUAUAUCAUCCUAUCAUUACUUUGAAAGCCAACAUUUUGUUGUCUUCAGAGCUGAUAGAGAUAUUAAUUAUAAAACAAAAGGUGGAGGUGUACUCUGUGCAGUAAAAUUAAAUAAAUUUAAUAAUCUACACAUACUUAACUUACCAGAGGAGAUCAAUAACAUUAUUGAGAUUAAUAUACUGGGUAUAUACCUUGAUUAUCUUGGUCUACCUUACAGAAUAAUUGUAGUUUACAUUCCCCCUGAUAUCAUUAAUAGUAAGAGCAAAAUAUUUACUAAGUUUAUAAAACUACUGCAAGAAUAUUUAAGUACAUAUAAGAACAAUUUGAUUAUAGCUGGGGAUUUUAAUUUACCUGAUUACAAUACAACAUCAAAAUCAUCAAAUAUUAUGGUCUACUCUAUUAUAUCUAUGUUUAUUAAUACACUUAACCUACAACAACUCAAUUCUGUUAAGAACUCUCAUGAUAAAAUUCUUGACCUUAUUCUUGUAUCUGGUGCCACUUGUAUCGUUUCUCAGGGAUCAGCUUUGGUUAAACAGGAUGACUAUCAUCCACCUCUUCACCUAUACAUUGCUCACUACACCUCUAAGUGUAGUAGCUCUAAGUCAUCACUCGUCUUAUCAUCAAAAUAUAAUAUUAAGUAUUUAGAUGUAGAUAAAUUUAAGAUACAGUUAAGAAACAUAAACUGGGUAAAUCAGCUCAACCUUGAUGAUACUACAACUACAGUUGAUGAUCUUUGUAAAAACUUUUAUGAUACUUUCUUUAAAUUAGUUGACAGUAAUUACUGUCCCCCUAAAUAUCAUCAUAGGACAUAUAAGUAUUCUAACUGGUACUCAUCUGAGCUGAUUGCUCUUAUCAAAGGCAAACAUAAAUACCUAAAAAUUAAAAAAUCUAAUGAUUCACUAGCAAUAAAUUCAAGAGUCAAAUCAAUUACUUUAGCAAUAAAACAAGUAACUACUCGAGAUCUCGAGUUAUAUAAUAAGAAAAUCGAGAGUAAUAUUAGUAAAAAUCCAAAGAUGUUUUGGAAAUUUAUCAAUGAUAAAAAACAUCAAACUAACACACUGAACUGUCUGUUAAUUAAUAAUACUAUUAAUUAUAAUUUACAGGAUAUAUCCUGAUGCAUUUGCUGUACAUUUCUCUAGUGUAUUUAAUAAACUUGGUACUAAUGUAAAAUCCAGCUUGGACUUGGUUGUGGAUAAUGGGUUUUUGAAUGAUCAGGAUCUUGUUACCUCUGAGGAUGUUGCUCGUGCUAUCCUAAUUGUUAAAAACAGCAAUACUUGUGGUUAUGAUAACCUGCCUGGUUCGUUAAUAAGGAUUUGCCCAGAUGCUUUGAUAGAACCUCUCAAGAUUAUAUUUGAUAUGGCUAUAUCCACAGGUAUUUACCCUACCUGUUGGAAACACUCAGUGGUUAAGCCACUAUUUAAAGCAGGUAAUCCGUUGAUAGUAUCGAACUACAGACAAAUAUCUCUUCUCCCUGUUUGUUCUAAAAUCUUUGAAAAAUUACUCUACAAGGUUAUCAUGUCUUACUUCUCUCCUUAUCUGUCUAGCUACCAACAUGGAUUCACACCCAUGCGUAGCACCUGUUCUAACCUUGUGGAGUUUAGUCAAUAUGUAUCGUCUCAUCUUAACAAGAGCAUUCAGGUUGAUGUGAUAUACACAGACAUGACAAAGGCAUUUGACAAGAUAAACUGGGUAACUUUAGUUACUAAAUUAGUUGCAAUUAACUUGCCUCUCUCCUACAUAAACCUUGUUUGGUCUUACCUUGUUGAUCGCUGCUGUUAUGUCUGUGUCAAUGGGAUUUUAUCAUCACCAUAUAGACCAACUUCUGGUGUACCUCAAGGGUCUAAUUUAGGCCCAUUGUUGUUUAACAUUUAUAUUAAUGAUUUAUCUAGCAGAUUAUCCUGCUAUACACUACUUUAUGCUGACGAUGUUAAACUGUACUUACCUAUCAAAACACUGAAUGAUUGCCAUUACUUACAAAAAAAUUUAAAUAUUUUCGUAGGUUGGUGUGAGUCCAACGACCUUCAAGUAAAUAUAGCCAAGUGCAACUCUAUGGCCUGGUUUUUCGUUUGUCUAGAUCAUUCAAGAGUCCCUCUACAAUAAAAGCACUGUACAAUGCAUUCGUAAAGUCUAAGCUGGAUUAUUGUACAGCGGCGUAUGCAUUAAGAACUAAAAAACAACUUCAGUUAAUGAACAAAGUUCAGCGUAGAUUCAUAAAGUACUUGCUAUAUCGCACACAGGCAUUGGUUCUAGAUAGAGGAUGUGAUGAUAUGACAAACAUCUCGGUACAUCGUGAUACAUUAACAAUAAUCUUUUUUAUUAAAUUGCUAACCGGAGCUGUUGAUUGUCUAGGUCUACUCUCUGAUGUUAGGUUACGAAUAUUGGCAACUAAACUAAGAAAUGUAUCACCAUUCUACUCUACAACUGGACAAUGUGUGUCAUCAACUAUUCCUCCCUUACAAAAUAUGAUCGAACUUACAAAUAAAGCGUGUCGUAACACGUCACUGUUUAGCAGAGUUAUGUCUUGUGAGCACAUUACACCUGGGUUUAUACUAGACUGUGUCAAAUUGUCUAGACAGUCUUAAAUAUGGUAUUUUGAUUUGACUUUGAUUUGGGUAGUUUUCUAAUAUUGUUAUUUAUUCUUAACUUUUUAAGCCAUCAUCAUUUAGGAAUUAUCAACAAAAAUAUAUACUAUAAUAUGAUUAUUGAUUAUUGUGAGUAACACUUAUAUCUAAUAUUUAAGGAUUUAAUUUGAGAAAUUGUAAUAUAUUAUGUAUUUUGUAUUUAAAUUGCUUACUGCAAUUUUACCCUGGUCCCAAUAAUGGCCUCCAGCCCUGGGAUAUUAAAUAAAAUAAAAUAAAAUAAAAAAUAAAUUACGUAGUGUGUCACCGUUCUAUGCUGUAUCUGGAUCAUGUGUAUCGUCAUCUCAACCUCCGCUAAUCAAUAUGAUAAACACAACUAAUAACGUA